AACGGAACCUCCGCUAUGUUAACCUUUAUUCGCUCAUGUAACGUGUUUUUAGGUUCUGGUUACGGUGACUGUGACGUCCUCGUAAAUCACGUGCUUGAUGCUUCCACGAGUGCGCGUCGGUUUCUGGGUCACGUGACGAUCUCGACGCCCGUGCCGGUGAUUGCACUCAGAGCGGCGUCGUCUCCGUCAAAACCCAACCUUUCAGAACCUCCCGAGUUCAACCCGACGCUGGCAGCGAUGGACCGUGGAGCUGGUGUUGUUGUUGUAGUCGUCCUGUUGUCGCUGGUUCUGUCCAGUGUCUCCGCCGGAGUGUUUUUCAACCCCAAACAGCCCUGCUACGUCCGGACACCGCGGAGAACAGAAGUCGGGUUGAAGACCACCCCUCGUCCUCACGAGUACUUGAACAUCGCUGAUCUGCCUAAGUCCUGGGACUGGAGGAACAUCAAUGGCACCAACUACGUCAGCACCACACGGAACCAGCACAUUCCCCAGUACUGUGGGUCCUGCUGGGCCCACGGCAGCACCAGCGCCAUGGCAGAUCGUAUCAACAUUAUCAGGAAAGGAGCGUGGCCGUCUGCUUAUCUCUCUGUCCAGAAUGUGAUCGACUGUGGCAACGCCGGCACCUGCCAUGGAGGAGAUCACUCCGGGGUUUGGGAGUAUGCUCACAGCCAUGGCAUCCCAGACGAGACCUGCAACAACUACCAGGCUAAAGACCAGACGUGCAACCCCUUCAAUCAAUGUGGCACCUGCACCACCUUUGGCAAAUGUAAUAUUGUGAAGAACUACACCCUGUGGAAGGUGGGAGAUUACGGAGCAGUCAGUGGACGGGAGAAGAUGAUGGCGGAGAUCUACGCCAGGGGACCCAUCAGUUGUGGGAUCAUGGCCACAGACAGCCUGGACGCCUACACUGGAGGGCUGUACUCUGAAUACCAGGAGUACCCUUUCAUCAACCACAUCGUGUCAGUGGCAGGAUGGGGAGUGGAGAACGGCACCGAGUACUGGAUUGUGCGCAACUCCUGGGGAGAGCCAUGGGGGGAGAAGGGCUGGCUCAGGAUUGUGACUAGUGCCUACAAGGGAGGAAGUGGCAGCACAUACAACCUGGCACUGGAGGAGGACUGCAUGUACGGAGACCCCAUCGUCGCUAAAGCUUACCUCUAGAGGAGGUCAGAGGUCAUCACUGCCUAUGCUCAAUUCUUCCUGUCUGAAGCAGAGAGACAUCUUUUUUAUAUAUGAAAUGCUGAAAGGGGAUUCAUUUUAAUUUCACUCUAGUGUUUUUUAAAAAACUACUUGUAAUGAGAGGUUCAUUAUCAAAGGAUCCGUAGGAAAUCAGACCUGCUACAGUGGUUUUUAAUCACAUGGAUGUCAGAUGCAGAUGUUUCACUCACCAGAUGGAGGAAUAAUCCUGUAUCAGGGCUUGGAUUUAGAACUAUUACUUUUAUAAAAACUGACUUAGCCAAAGAACUUGGAACACUGGAUCUGCUGGAGUUUACGCUGCUGCACUGCACCCUCAAAAAUGUUAAUCGUGCCUUACGUGUCUUUAAUGUCAUGUCAAGUUUUAGGAGUUGUUUUAUUUACGUUGCACAAUUUAAAUAAUAGGAAUCUGUGAUGUUGUUUCACAAUAUGCCAAUAAACAGAACUUAAAUCUA